AUGCCCAAUGACGUCGGUGCUGCUAUUCUUGACCCGCACGAGCCACAGGCCCUGACGCCCUUCGUCGCCCCUGAGGCAGCAACGGAUAAGAACCACAGAAACACCAGGCCCCGACCAGACGACCAGAGACCCUCAGUGUGGCGCAGGCGGGUUGUUUGCUUUGGUUUGUUCUGGUUGUACGGUCAGUCACGACGCCCCGUAGGUGGCGAGAAGAAGAGCCGCUUUGGGCGCAACAAAGCAGUCGCCGAUGUGGGCGAUGGCCGACAGACGAGUAAGUCGCAGGUCAAGAAGGCCACCUUUGAAAGUUCAAAGAAGAAGGAGAUUGGUGUCUCGGACCUCACGCUGCUGAGCAAGAUCUCCAACGAAGCCAUCAAUGAUAACUUGAAGCUCCGUUUCGAGCAUGACGAGAUCUAUACCUAUAUCGGACACGUGCUGGUCUCUGUCAACCCGUUCCGGGAUUUGGGUAUCUACACUGAUAAGGUGCUUGACUCCUACCGCGGCAAGAACCGACUCGAAUCCUACAAAGACAACCAGUGUGUGAUCAUCUCCGGAGAGUCAGGUGCCGGAAAGACGGAAGCCGCCAAACGAAUCAUGCAGUACAUUGCCAGUGUAUCCGGGGGUAGCGAUUCGUCCAUUCAGCAGACUAAGGACAUGGUGCUGGCCACGAAUCCUCUGCUGGAGUCAUUCGGUAAUGCAAAGACAUUGCGCAAUAACAACUCCUCGCGAUUCGGCAAGUAUCUCGAGCUGGAGUUCAACGCCAACGGAGAGCCCGUGGGUGCCAACAUUACAAACUACCUCUUGGAGAAGUCUCGAGUUGUCGGCCAGAUUACGAACGAGCGAAACUUCCACAUUUUCUACCAAUUCACAAAGGGUGCGCCGCAGAAGUACCGCGACAGCUUCGGUGUGCAACAACCGCAGACCUACCUCUACACGAGCCGUUCGAAGUGUUACGAUGUGCCGGGAAUCGACGAUGUUGCGGAAUUCAAGGAUACCGUGGAUGCGAUGAGAAUGAUUGGCAUGAGUGAAGCGGAGCAAGAUAACGUUUUCCGUAUGCUGGCGGCAAUUCUGUGGAUCGGCAACAUUCAGUUCACGGAAGACGAUUCGAGCAAUGCGUCGAUUACAGAUCAGUCGGUGGUUGAUUUUGUGGCCUACCUGCUGGAGGUUGAUUCUUCGCAGGUCAACAAGGCUUUGACUCUUCGUCUGCUGGAGACCGCUCGUGGAGGCCGAAGAGGCUCCACCUAUGAGGUUCCAUUGAACACGGUCCAGGCUGUCGCAGUCCGGGACGCUCUGGCCAAGGCCAUUUACUUCAAUCUUUUCGACUGGAUUGUGGAGCGUGUGAACCAGUCUCUGACUGCUCGAGGGGCUAUCGCUAACUCGAUUGGUAUUCUGGAUAUCUACGGCUUCGAGAUUUUUGAGAAAAACUCUUUCGAGCAGCUUUGCAUCAACUACGUCAAUGAGAAGCUGCAGCAAAUCUUUAUUCAGUUGACAUUGAAGGCGGAGCAGGACGAAUAUGCUCGCGAACAGAUCAAAUGGACUCCCAUCAAGUACUUUGAUAACAAGGUUGUCUGCUCCUUGAUUGAGGACAAGAGACCCCCUGGUGUGUUUGCUGCGUUGAACGAUGCUUGCGCUACUGCGCACGCCGAUUCUGGUGCUGCCGACAACACUUUUGUGGGCAGGCUGAACUUCCUCGCCCAGAACCCCAACUUUGAAGGCCGUCAAGGCCAGUUCAUCAUCAAACACUACGCCGGUGACGUGAGCUAUGCGGUGGAGGGAAUGACUGACAAGAACAAGGAUCAGCUUCUGAAGGAUCUGCUCAACUUGGCUGGUUCCAGCAGCAACCAAUUUGUCCACACUAUCUUCCCCAACCAGGUCAACCAGGAUGAUAAGCGCCGUCCACCUACCGCUGGUGACAAGAUUAAGGCAUCUGCCAAUGACCUCGUUGCCACCCUGAUGAAGGCCCAGCCCUCAUAUAUUCGUACCAUCAAGCCCAAUGAUAACAAGGCUCCUCGGGAGUACAACGAGGGUAAUGUGCUUCACCAGAUCAAAUAUCUUGGUUUGCAAGAGAACGUGCGCAUCCGUCGUGCCGGUUUUGCGUACCGUCAGACUUUUGACAAGUUCGUCGAGCGAUUCUACCUGCUCUCACCCAAGACCUCCUACGCCGGUGACUACACGUGGACUGGUGAUUCCGAGUCCGGUGCCAAGCAAAUCCUGAGGGAUACCAGCAUUCCUGCCGAGGAGUACCAGAUGGGUAUCACCAAGGUCUUUGUCAAGACUCCCGAGACCCUCUUCGCACUUGAGGCUAUGCGAGACCGGUACUGGCACAACAUGGCCAUUCGAAUCCAGCGUGCCUGGCGCAACUACUUGCGCUACCGUAUUGAGUGUGCUAUCCGUAUUCAACGGUUCUGGCGACGCAUGACUGGCGGUCUUGAGAUCAUCAAGGUGCGUGAUCAGGGACACCAGAUUCUGCAGGGCCGCAAGGAGCGCCGGAGAAUGAGUUUGCUUGGCUCUCGUCGCUUCUUGGGUGAUUAUCUUGGCGUGGGCAACAAGGGUGGCCCUGGUGAGAUGAUUCGUAGUGGUGCCAACAUCAGCAGCUCUGAAGAUCUGCUUUUCUCCUGCCGUGCUGAGCUUCUCGUCUCCAAGUUUGGUCGAUCCAGCAAGCCUGUCCCUCGGAUCCUGGUUUUGACCAACCGGCAUGUGUACAUUGUGGCACAGAGUAUCGUCAACAACCAGCUGGUCAUUUCAUCCGAACGCACCAUUCCCCUUGGCGCCAUCAAGACCGUCAGCACUUCGAACUUGAAGGAUGACUGGUUCUCGUUGGUAAUCGGUGCUCAAGAGCCUGAUCCCCUUCUUAACUGCGUGUUCAAGACUGAAUUCUUUACCCACCUUUCCAAUGCUCUUCGCGGAUCUUUGAACCUCAAGGUCGGCGAAAGCAUCGAAUACAACAAGAAGCCCGGGAAGCUGGCAUACGUCAAGGCUGUCAAGGACCCAGCUGCUGGUGCCAUCGACAGCUACAAGAGCAGCACCAUUCACACCAGCGCCGGUGAACCUCCCAGCUCUGUUUCCAAGCCUACCCCCCGAGCUAAGCAGGUCGCCGCUCGGCCCGUAACGAAGGGUAAACUACUCCGACCAGGCGGUCCCGGCGGCGGUCCCUCGAAGCUGUCCGCUGCUGCGCGCAAGCCUGCACCGGUUGCCCAGCCUUUGCCCCAGUCGACUCCUCAGCCUGCCGUGCAAUCACGAAUCGUUCCUCAGCCUGUGGCGGCGGUUACAGCUGCCGCUGCCGCACACUCUCGCAAUCAGUCGACUAGCUCUGUGAGAGCUCCUCCACCUCCACCCCCCACUGCACCUCCUGCUGCUGCUGCCGCCCCUGCGAAGCCCACCGCGAAGGUCCUGUACGACUUUAGCAGUGAUCGCGCCAACGAAUUGACCAUCCGCACUGGUGAGAUUGUGCAAAUUGUUUCCAAGGAAGGAAACGGAUGGUGGCUCUGCAUGAACAUGACAACGUCCACUCAAGGUUGGACUCCCGAAGCCUACCUCGAAGAGCAAGUUGCGCCCACACCUAAACCCGCACCUCCCCCACCCCCGCUGCACCUCGCGCCACGCCCAGCCCGGUCCCCAACGGCGUUGGUGCCGUCGCCGCAGCCAACACCACCAGCCAAGCGGCCCAACAUGGCUGGUCGCAAGCCCGCACCUCCCCCUGCACCCCGGGAUAGCACCCUGAGCAUGAACUCGGGUGACUCCUCCGGUGCCAGCGGCCGUGGCACACCCAACAGCACUUCGAAUGCCAGUCUGGCCGGUAAUCUGGCCGAGGCACUGCGGGCUCGGCAGAGUGCUAUGCAGGGGAAGCAUGAUGAUGACGAUGAGUGGUAG